AUGCGCCUUACUGCUGCUAUUGUUGUGCUCGCCGGUGCCAUCGCCAGCGCUCAACUAUCUAAUAUCCCCCAAUGCUCUGUACGCCCUGUCCGCUCAAUAUCUCUGCUCACUUACCUGUUUCACUUCGACCCUUGCCGGGACGGCUGCUCUGAGCUUACGGAUUUCGCGUGCCAUUGCCAAAAGCCUGGCCUCGCAGCGGAGAUUGUUCCCUGCGUCAAUAAAGCCUGUGAUAUCUCGGACCGACAAGCUGUAUCCAGCGUCGUUGAAUCCUUGUGUUCCGGUGUUGGCCAUCCGGUCUCUAUCCCCGCGGUGGAUACAUCGGUUCCCACAACGACUGCCAUAGCUAUUCCAACCACGAGGAGCUCUAAUUCUACCACGGUCAGUGGUGGGCCAGGCUUCAAGACUUCCUCCACGGUCAGUGGUUUGGGACCAAGCUCCGAGACUCCGUCCACGACCAACACGGCUCCGCCUCAGAGCACAUCCCAGUUCAACGGUGCCUCUGGUAUUGCGCCCGGAGCUGUUCAGAUGGUUGGUAGUGCUAUCAUGUUAGCCAGCAUGAUGUUCUUUGUUUGA